UAUAUAUAUAUAUAUAUAGCACUGAGAACAAUGCCGGUAGCAUUCUGUAAGUGUUAGCUAUAAAUAUUAUUAUUAUUAUUCCAUAAGUGAAUAAAUUUUGUUGCACAUGAUUGUCACAUUUGUUAUUAAAAAGCCAAACAGAGUUGUUUUAAACCAUCUAAUUGUAAAAUAUCAUUUAAGAAGAAGCUGGCUCCCCAAAAUGAGAUCAUUUGCUUUAUUUUUAGAAAAUAAACCAAUAAUUUCCAAGGUAUCUUUGGACUGCUGCAAAGACAGUAAGAUUAAGUAAAGCUGGAUUCAGUGCCCAUGGUACCAGCUGUUUACAAAUAACUUUUAAAAAGUAAUACAGAAGGAAGAAUUACUAGAUUGAAAAGAAAAGAUUGCCUGAAUGUGCAUGUCAUAUAUAAUUAAAUCUAAAAAUCUAUUAUUUGCCACCUAUGUAUGUUAAGCCUCUCUUCCUUGUGACAUCACACAAAAAUGGUGAAAUUUUCAUGAGACCUGAAGAGACUACUUAUAUGGUAUCAUCCUAAAUAACAACCAUAUAAAAUUCUUUUUGUGGGCCCCCUGAUGGCUGGAACUGGAGUGGGGUGGUAAUCAGUUACUUUCCUUCAUUCAGAGGAAAAUUAUAUCAGCUUAUAAGUUAAUAUUGGUUACACUUAGAUCACAAUUUUAUGCAUGGGUUCUCUAGAUAUUUACUUAUUUUUGAAAGUAAUUUUAACUCUUAUUUUUUGUAGUGUGAUAGAAAAUAUUAAAUUGGACUAAACCCCAUGUCAGAGAUAAGACAGUCUUGCUUGUAUAAUUAGGAAAACCUAAAAAAAAAAAAAAAAAAAGAUUUUAUAAACAUUGCAAAAGUCAAUCAAAAGGAUACCUUCUUGAGAAUGAAAACAACCUCUAGGUAAAUUGAAUUACUGUUCCCAAAUAUUUAUGUCCCUUCUAAUGGGAGGACUUUACCUCCCUACUGUUAACAGCAGGCUUGGCCCUUUGCCUUGAUUUGUUCAGUGAAAUAUUAAAGGAAGUGAUGUUUGCUACAUAGUUCUGACAUCUCUCUUUUCCUUGUAUGACAAGAAUGGCAUGUCCCAAAGAUGGGAUGCCCCUUUCACCUGGGUCCCAGAAUAAUGGAACAAACUUGAAGAUGACUGUGAUUGACAAAGAAUAUGAAGAGAAAGAAUCCUUCCUGUCCUUUUUGUCUGGAGGAUCAUGUGAUUUGCAGACAGUGAACCCAAGGCCUCGUAGCCCUGAUGCUGCACUUUGCUCUUUUACAAGAGUUGCUGCUUUCCCAACACCCCCACCUGCCAGGAGGAGAGGAAGCCAGAGCUCCUAUGAAGUUAGGAAGACCAUGUGGCCAAUGAAGUUGACCAACAAGCUUGUGCAGCCACAAGAUGGCAGAGCCUCCAUCAUCCUCAACUUGGUAACAACAAUAAUUGUAAUACCAACACCAACACAAGUAAAAUUAGCCCAGCAGUUCAACCAGAUGAGCAUAGAAACUGCACCAACCUUUCUGGUUUUCCUGAACUCAGAAUAUGAGCCUUGUUUGGGGACCCUGAUCCACAAACAGUGGGUUCUCACUGCAGCCCACUGCUUCUUACCAUUUCUUGAGAUAAACGUUGCGGCUUCAAAAGAGAAUUUUCAAAACAAGAUGGGGAACUUAAGACCCACAUUUAUUGUCCAACACCCAGAUUUUACCCGGGAUUCUGCUGAGCAUGACCUCAUGCUCAUCAAGCUGAAUCAUCCUGUAGAGCUCAAGGAUCAGGUCAAGCUGGUGGUUCUACCCAACACCACGAAUGACAGAAGAGGGGAAAAGUGCACUGUCUCUGGCUGGGGCUGGGAAUGGAGGAAUUUCAACCCAGAACCUGAUAUCCAGAUAAACCAGACUGUCUUUUGGUUUUCUAAUGAUGACUGCCAAGAGUCCCUUGUAAGAAAAAUUCCUAUUAAAAUCACAGAAAACAUGUUCUGUGCAGGAUCAUCUCUGGAGAACACACACUCAUGUAAGGAAUUAGAUGCUGUCCCAAUCCUGUGCCAAAAUCAGCUCCAUGGGAUCCUAUCUUGGUCAGCAGGGUGUAUUUUGAAAGGUGAUAUUGGCUACUACACCAAGGUUUCCUGCUAUAAAGACUGGAUCCACAAAGUUAUCCACAGCAACUAAGCUCUCUCUGUUCCCUCUCCCAGUGGCCUCAGAACUGAGUCUACCAUUCUUGACCCUCUUUUCCCUUUAGCCUCAGAACAAGAUGGGAAUAGAGCCUUUAGCUAUAA